AGCCCGCUGAAGAUGGCUGGUUGUGACGUCACGGCUCAUCGUGCUGAAGAUGGCCGCUUUGAGGACGGUCUGUGGUAACGCCAGGAUGAUUUUACACAUUUUUCUCUGUGUUUUCGCAGCAGCGAAGAGCGAUGAGCAAGUCCCUCUGGUCGCAUGGGCGAGUGACGGGUUUGUCUUGUCUCCUGUGAAUGCUCCAUCAGCAGGACACACUGUGUCUGUGGAUGAGCUGGAAUCAUAUCUGAACCGAGCGCUGAGCACUACACCUCAUAAUCUACUGCUCUUCCUGCAGGAUAAAUUGAGUGUUGAUGACUUCACAAUGUACGGAGGAGUAUUUGGGAACAAACAGGAUAGUGUCUUCCAAAAUCUUGAGGCGGAUUUGCUGUCCUCCUCUUCCUUAUGGUUGCCAUCUGUAUCAUCGUCCGCCACUGCUUUGGUUUCUACACUGCUACAGAAUCAGAUUGAUGCAGCUCCUCUCUACAUGAACCCAGACACUCUUGCACAACUCCGCCUCAAUACAUCUGUUGCUGCCUUGCUGGUGUUCCGCCUCCCUUACAGCGGCGGGGCUGAUAUGAUGUCUACUAAAGAUGUGCUCAGUGGAAAUGAUGAGGUAAUUGGUCACGUGCUGAGCAUCAUGAAAGCUCAGUCUGUGCCGUAUACUGCAGUGUUCACUGCGCUGUGGCCCUCAAGGGUGAUUGAGGAUGCGUCUCCAGCUGUGCACUCUGUCUGGUCAAGAUCCCUACUGCAGUCGCGUCAUGAGGAACCUUCUUCUCCGAACCCGCCAUUGGAGUUUAAGGAGAAGGGCUCCACCUGCAUUCUCAUGUGGGCUGAGAAACUGGUGGUCAGCCAGUAUCGCUCAGGAAAGUGGGAGAGGCAUGACCUUACCUCCAAAACCUUUGGUAAAGGUGUGAUACCCGACCUGUCUGGAUCAUCCUGCAAUGAGUCUCACUCCCGGUUGGUUCUGAAAUAUGAAGAUGUCCUGAAUUACCGUAUAUUCAAGCUCAUUUUUGUAAUGAACCGGCGUCACUAUAAGGUUUCUGCCCGUCAUUGGUUCACUAUGGAUCUGGUUCAGCUGGAGUAUGAUGGGAAAACUGCCUCAUUCAAUGCCAGCCGUCACAUCUAUGCCCCAGCUGAGUACUCGUACCGCUGUGAAUCUGUAAGCAGUUCCUACUACCCUCAGCUGUCACCCCACUCAGAUAAGGACAAUGCCAACGACUGGCAGAUUUCUUUUGAUGACUUCCAGAUCCAGGGCUUUAACAUAGCUGGGAAGGAUUUCUCUUACGCCAGUGACUGUGCUAGUUUCUUCACUCCUGGUAUUUGGAUGGGUCUUGUCACGUCUCUGCUCAUGGUGUUGGUUCUCACUUAUGGCCUGCACAUGAUCAUGCAGCUCCGCACCAUGGACCGCUUCGACGACCCCAAGGGUCCUGCCAUCUCUGUGCCCCAGACCGAGUAAAAGACACAGAGCCAGUUUCCGUUCUCAUACUCACAGCACCAGUGUUUGCUUUAGUUAUAGAAUAUUUUUAAUGUUAUUCAUUUCUUGUCAUUACGUGUGAUUGGGGUGCUGCUAGAUUUUUUCUGUGAUUUCAUUUUAUUAAUAUGUUUAUGGAUGAAUCUCAGGAAUACUUGUCCAGAACAAAAAAAGAACAAAUACAUAUUGUUACAAAUACAUACAUAUAUAAAUAAAUGAUAAAGAAGAAUCAUUUUUAGGAUCAUUACGAUUUUUUGCAUUGUGACUUUAUUAUUACAAGUUCCCCCAAAUUCGCAUUAUGGUUUACUUUUGUUUUUUUUUUUGUAAAUUUUUUACUUUCUCAGUGGUGAUUCUCUUGAGACUUUCAUUGCUGUAAUGCAAAGCAUUUUUAAUGAAAAUUUCCAGAAAUCCCCCCCUCCCCCCUACUUUACUAUUUAAAUAUUUUGGGCUUCUUUUUAUGCAAAAAAAAUAAUUUCCUUAGCAUGGCCUUGACAAGUUUUGUGAGAUUCAUUCUUAAGACUUCUUUUAAGCUAAAUAUCUAAAAAUCUACUACAUUAUAAUUUCUUUUUAUAUUGUGUUUACAUUCCACAAAAAAAUAUCUUAUUAUAUUUACAGAUUGGGGCACCAUUAGAUGUAAAUUGUACACUUUACACAAUAAAUUAUUCGUAUAAAAGAAAUAUCUAUAAACGGACAGCUUAAUGUUUUUAGUGUGCUGUAAAUAUGAAAAGAGGAUUUUUUUUUUUUUUUUUUUUGCUGUAUAGUUAUUAGAUGAAGUAUUACUUAUUGGUGAUAUGCAUAUAUGUUUGAAUCCAGUGUUUGUUUUUGAGUUCUCCCACUGUAUUUGCCUCAUUCUGUGUCCAGUGUGUGUUCAUAGAUGUUUCUGUGAGUUGUUGUGAGAACUGACAUGUUUUAUGACCAAUAUGGGUUUUGAUUUAAAGGGAAACAUGUUGUGAGCCAUAUUUAAAUAUUAGAUAAAAGGUUACCAGAGACAUUCUGACAUAUUGUUUUUGUUUAAAUAUCAGCAUGAUGUGUCUUUUUAUUGUAGUGAAUCAUUUGCACAAAUAGCUAGCUCUCUUAUAUUUAAAAGCUUAAAAGGUUGUCUAUUGUCAUCUCAUGCUGGCACGUUUUGGAGGUGUAUGCUCUUAAAUGUGUAUAUUGUGUCUGUGUUAAAUAAACUUAAUUGAGACACAA